UUUUCGAAUUCUCUUGGAAAACAUUAAAACAAAGAUCUACUUUUUAAAUAUCUUUCAGGACACUUGACACAUUCCAGAGAAAAGCUGUGUUUUUGGGGGUGUUUUUUUUUUUUUUUUUACUGCAGAGUUCAGAAGAAUCUGUAUUCUCUGGGAUUUUUAAAUAAAUAUAAAAUGAAAACAGUUUAAAGCUUAGCCUUCAAAAUGAAUGUUGAAAAGUCAGAUGACAAAGCAGAGAAUGGCUUGAAGUCUUCCUUAUUUAUAAGGGAUGAAAAUGGAAAUAACUAUGCAUGUCACAGAGCUGCCCCUUCUUUAAAGAAUUGUACCACAGAGACAGAGGAUAAUUUGACUGACCAAAAUACAGUGACUGAGCAUGAAGAUGAUACCACCAUUCUUAAAAAUAACAGUGAUUUCAGAAGUAUUCUUUUGAAACAGCAGGGUGUUGAAGCACUUCAUCUGCAGAAGACACCUGGUAAAUACAACUGCACAGGAGCUCUGUUGGGAGAUGCAGAUGCUGCAUGUGAGUAUCCUUUGAACUGUGACUUGAAAGAAGCAACAAACUUACUGAAAGGUGAUGUUGCUGUGGCAAAAAGGCAAAGUCAGAGCAUCAAACAAUCGGUGCCUUACAGUCAGACUGACUCUGAGUGUGUAUUACCACCUCCUGCUUCAGAACAGAACACAAAGUCCCUGGUAGACAACAGGGCAUGCUGCCACCUGACCGCGUUGAAUGUUACUAAUGUUAUAGGUGAAACUCUGGGAACUGAUCAAAAUGAUGACAUGUAUCCAAGAGAAACACUAAUCUCUUCUAAAGUAUGUAUGAGAGAGCAAUCUGAUAGAAUCAGCUCAGAAAGAACACCUAAUUUCUUCUCUGCAAUAGUGGCUUCAGAAAGCCUAGACCUAGCCCGUUCAGAACCUGAAGUCUGUUGUCCUUCCCCUGCAGGCAUCAAGCGCUACCUAAAUAACACUAAUAAGCCUGAUAAAGAAUCACAGGAAACAGAAGCAGAGUCUGUAAAACCAGCUGCUGGAUGUAGAGAUCCUUAUACGCAAGAUGCAUUAUCACCAUGUGUUAAUUUUAAUGAAGACGACCAAGUCAAAUCCUUGCAGGAUACGCCUGAUCAUGGUGAGACUGGGAAUUUCAGUGCUAAAACAUGCAUGGAUGGUCCUGUAAAUAAUGUGCCCCUUCUCCCACUAAAUAAAAUGGAUGAAGAACAAUUAUCAAAGAAAACCAGUGAACUCUUAACCAGAGAACAGUGUAUCUCUGGAAAUGCUGCUCUUUGGGAUACGUGCAACACCUCUUUCGUAUCUUACAGUGUACCACCAUUAAAGAGGGCUGUUACACCUGAUCUGAAAUGUGAAGCAACUUUUGUGGUCUUCAGUCCUAUGGCUGACGAAAGCGAUCCAGCUCUAUGUACUUCAACCCCUAAAGAACUAUCAAAAAACACAACUUUCUGUGUUCCAGCCAUGGUGGAACCCAGAGACAAGUCUCCCAAACUGAGACCAAAUGAGGCAUUUGUAGGAGGGCAUAAUAAGCAGCCUUUGCGUAAGGCUAGUUCAGGACAAACUGUAGGAAAAACGGUGGGCAGGUCUCCUAUUGUGUCAACACUAACCAAAGCAAAGAAAUCCGAGAUCGUUAGUUUUCCCAGACCUAAUUUCAAAAACGUUAAGCCAAAGGUUAUGUCUAGACCUUCUCUACAGUCAAGAGACAGUGCAGCCUUGAAACAGUCUCCCCAGUCCCCCCAGCUAUCAGCUGGCUCCUCACCCUCACUAGUUGCUUCCCCAAGGCAAUUGUCCCCCUCUAUAAAAGUGCUGAAAAAGAAAAUAGAUCUUGCUAAAGAUAGUGCAGUGGAUUUGCCUGUGGAUAAGCCCCACAAGCUACAUCUUAACAAACACCUCUUCACUAGCCAAGAUGUACAUGCCACAACACAUCCCAGAAACGCUUCCCACAAGGCUUCAAAGACACCUCUGUUAAAACAGAAUCCGGAAGACACUGGCAAAGCAAACUCUACCCAUUCAGCAUGCUCCUCUGCUUCUACUGCGCUUCCAGCAUGUGUAGAGAACUCGAAAGAAAUGCUGAAUGAUAAAAUGGAAAGUUCAGACUCUUUAGUGCAGCCCUGUGCUCAGAACACCUACCUGCCUGGAGGUGAAGGUGAGCAAAGCAGCAACGUGGGAACCUUUCUGGAAGCAGCCUUGUUAAAAGAUGUGGCCAAUGAAACAUUUGACCUGCACUCUGUUCCUUUGCAGAUGCCUUCUGUGAAGGAUGGGACAACACCAGGGAAAAGCAUGCUGAAGAAAGGUCCACUCACACUACGGGGUUCAUCAACUCCCAAGGUUAAAACGAUGCCAUCUGUGUUGCCCUUGAAGAGAGGAUGUGAAAAUAAAACUAUCGGUGCAGUUAAAACACCUCACAAAGGGGCUGUUCAGUCAUCAAGCUCUGGAUCUUUGCCAAGAGAGUGGCAUGCCUCCGUGAAAAAUUCUCCAGUCUCUUGGGCUAGCUCCGGUAAACCACUCACCAAAUCCAAAGUGCCUGUCAAAAGAUCAGUGCUUGAGAGAACUCCUAGCAUCUCGUCAGUCAGCAGCGCUCAGAGUGAGCCAAGUCAUUUCAGCAGUAACUCUGCAAGUGCCACAGUCAUUAUCAAGAAUGGAGAAUGGCCUACAAAACCAGCCUGCCAGAAUGGUACUUCUGCUCCUGUCCCUUUGAAAGCAGUACCAAGACCUAGGUUACACUCAUUGAAGUCAACCCCGAAAGGAGCCAAAGCCAGGUCUGUUUCACUGAACCAGUGCACAUCAAAAUUAUCUGGACCACUGCACUCAGCAAGGAAAGUCAGUGAGACUAGAGGUACUUCUGGAAGAAAUGGACACCAAAGCCUAUCUUACUUGGGUUCUGUUGACAAAGGCAAGCAGCAGUGUCCCAGGAGCUCGUGCAUACCAACUCAAGCCUCCUCAGAUGUGCAUUCGCUUGGUACAAAAGCAGCUGAGCUGACACAGUACAAAACAAAAUGUGAGACCCAAAGUGGAAUCAUCCUGCAGCUGAAAAGAUUCCUGACAAGCAGCAACCAGAAGUUUGAAGCAUUGACAGUUGUGAUCCAGCACCUGCAGUCUGAGAGGGAGGAAGCACUGAAGCAGCGCAAAGAGUUAUCUCAAGAACUGGUUACCCUUCGAGGAGAACUAGUAACCACUUCUGCAGCUUGUGAGAAAUUGGAGAGAGACAGGAAUGAACUGCAGGUUGCUUAUGAAGGGUUUUUGCAGAAGUUAAAUGAGCAACAUCACAAUGAUUUGGCUGAGCUGGAGGAGAGGCUUAAACAGUUUUACACCGCAGAAUGUGAGAAACUCCAAAGCAUAUGCAUUGAAGAAGCUGAGAAGUACAAAGCGCAACUCCAAGAGCAGGUGGACAAUUUAAAUACCACACAUGAAAACUUUAAGCUGGAACUUGAAAGGAGCCACUCAGAAAAAGUAGAGGAGCUGAAAAAGGAGUAUGAAUCUUCUUUUUCAGAGCUCAAGAGCGCUCAUGAAUCUGAAAGGAAGUCGCUUGAAGAUUCCUUUACAGAGAAGCAGGAAUCGCUAGAGAAAAAAAUCGAUGAAUUAAAAUGUGAAAAUGACUCUCUGAGUGAGAAGUUGAAAUUAGAAGAGCAAAAACAAGUAGCCAAAGAAAAAGCCAAUCUUAAAAACCCGCAGAUUAUGUACCUGGAACAGGAGCUGGAGAGCCUGAAAGCAGUGCUGGAGAUCAAGAAUGAGAAACUCCACGAGCAGGAUAUAAAGCUUAUGAAGAUGGAGAAAUUGCUGGAGAACAACACAAUCUUAAUGGAUAAAUUAAAGAAGGUUCAGCAAGAAAAUGAAGAAUUAAAAGCUCGGAUGGACAAACACAUGGAACUUUCAAGGCAACUUUCUACGGAGCAAGCUGUUUUACAGGAGUCCCUGGAGAAAGAAUCAAAAGUGAACAAGCGCCUGUCAAUGGAAAAUGAAGAACUGCUGUGGAAGUUGCACAAUGGUGACCUAUGCAGCCCAAGAAAACUGUCUCCCAGUUCUCCAUCUGUGCCUCUUCAGUCCCCACGGAAUUCUGGUAACUUCUCUAGUCCUACAGUAUCACCAAGAUGACAUCUCUUGAGAGAAAGAGGGGAUUGCAUUUCAUUUGUGAUCUGCAGAACCAAUCCUCAUUUCAAUCACAGGAACAAGAGCUAUAUUAGCCAAAUGUGGCAACUAAACAUAACUGGAAACUAUUUGGUGCAAAAGUGGCGGUAAGAGACUUGAGAAUAUGGGAGUAAGACAUUCAUGUUGCUCUUCCCAAAAGACUUGUUUAUGACCUCUAUGGACAUUGUUGCACAAAGCACUUACAGAGCAAGAAAAGACUUGUUCAUUGCCUUUUCACCUAACUAUAAGGAAAAGCUCAGGGGCUUAGAGAUAAAGAUCACCACCUUUAUAAUAUGUUCCUAUCACAAACACUUUUUUAAAGGCUGUGUGUAUGUGUGUGUGCGUGCGCGUGCUGUGUGUGGAAUGGAUGUAACACACUGUGCGUGUGUCUAAUGCUGCCUUCUUUGCUGUGUAUGUAAUAAAGGAUAAAAGCUGAAGACUGUACAUUGAUGUGUACUUUCUUAACGCUGUUGUCAGGAUGCAUGCUUUUAGCAGAGAGUAUCCUCACCUGGGAAUGAAGAGAAACUGCCACUAGUACUUAGGUUAGUUUCCUUCAUCUUUCUGGCUUUGGCUCAGUAAGAAAAAAAGCCUGAAAAGCUUAGUUAACUGACUCCUUAGUGUCUUGGCUGACCUCAGUAUGUAACUCUGAAUUCACUUUACAAACAGACUGAACUGCAGCCAUAUUUUGCAUGGAUGCUCAUAACAUCCAUGCACAACUCUGCCAUUUACAAGGAGACUUUUUUUUGCAGCAUACCGUGAAUUUUGGCUUACAAGCUACAAGGCUAUAGUCAGAACUAUGGUAGCCCUCAAGGUCAGAAGUUACCAGUUGAGUUGCAGGUUUAGAAAACUAAAUCUCUCAUUGUACCUGCUGAAAUGGAAUUGCAUAUUUCCCCAAAACAGCAUGUCCACUGCUGAAGCCAUCUGCUGAGGAUAAACUAGAUACAGAUUUGAAAGCCAAAGAGAAAAAUGCAAUAAUUGUCAUUAGGUGCAUUCUUAAAUCAGUUCUCAAGAAGAAUCUGAAGUAAUUUGUGAGUUCCAAUGUAUCUGGGAACACACUUUGCCUUUUUAAGCAUUAGCAUUUGUAUUAACAUCCUUCAGGGUCGGCUGAGUUCACCUGAGAAGGGAGAAGUGACAGCUGUCUAUUUAGCUUGCUAAUUCUGCCAUAGCUUCCCUUUUAGAUUGGAGGGUAUCAGUGUGUUGCCAGUUCAUGUGGCAAAAGAUCCUAUACAAGAGAUUCUGUAAUGUAGGGAAAAAAAAACUGUCCUGGCUGCUGAAACUGGAGGCUGAGAGCACCAGCACUUCUGGAAAUGUCAUGUGCUCAGCUUCAACAAGAUAAUCAUGUAGCCUGCUACACCCUUGGUCACACCUGUUUAAGAUGUCUACAUUGUACCUACUAAACACAGGUUCAACCUCAAAUUAGUAUUACAAAACAGUAUCUUACAAGCUUACAGUAGCUUGAGGUUUACAGCACCACUUCCAGGACCAAUGGUAUAUGAUGGCUUAGUUAAUGGUGUUGGUAGCCAGCUCUGCUAGUAACUGCUCUGGUAAAUGGUAUCUAUGUGCUGAGUUUCCCUCUUUUUCAGUAGCUUGGGGGCAGGAACAAAGGGGGUGGGAAGUGUUUGGGUAACUCAGCUGGAGAACCAGUUCAAACCAUUUUGCCCAAGACUUGAAAAUUCUUGGCUAGUAAUGAGGAACACAAAGAUAUAAACAAGACUGUUAACAGUGCUCAUACAGUAAAACUUGUAAUAUAGUUGUGAUUGACUAUUUAAUCAUUAAAUUUACUUAAUUUUUCAUAAUGUGCAAGCUAAGGGUGCCAUUUCUGUGGAACGUUAUGCUCUCCUUUACUCUUUAAGGCACUGUACAGUACCACUUGUUAGUGGUGUCAGUACUUCCAAUGUUUUCUAGGGGUUUUAAAUUGAACUACAAAGAUCCUCUGUGGGCUGCAACUGGGCUUAAAGUGUAUCUUGGAACAUUCUUAUUUUCUAUGGUCAAAGCGAUCUGAUUACAUGUAUUUGAGCUGAAUGCUUAAAUAAAUUUUUUGUACCAAUUGAA